AUCGGUCGUCAGAUUAUGGUGAGAGUGGUGAGUGUACUCUUAGGAACACACUCCCGAUCAGGAAGAGACAACUCUUCUGCUGACCUCUUGUUGGGAGCUGGAGGCACUUAACUUUCUCUACAGGUUUGCCGCCCUCGCUGACAAGGUCAGGCUCAAAUAUUGUCAUGUCAACAAAAGCCAUCUCCGAGCAGACAGGGAAGGAGUUCCUGUAUAAGUAUAUAUGCACCUCAGCUGCUGUGCAAAACCGCUUCCGAUAUGCUCGGGUCACACCAGAAACGGAUUGGGACCAACUCACACAGGAGCAUCCAUGGCUGCUAACAGAGUGCCUGGUGGUGAAGCCAGAUCAGCUGAUCAAGCGACGUGGGAAGUUGGGGCUGGUAGGAAUAAACCUGAACCUGCAGGGUGUCAAAGAGUGGCUCUCUACUCGCUUGAAUAAAGAGACCAGUGUGGGGAAGGCAAAGGGUGUGCUAAGGAACUUCCUCAUUGAGCCUUUUGUGCCACACGCACAGGAAGAGGAGUUUUAUGUGUGUAUAUAUGCCACCCGUGAGGGCGACCAUGUUUUGUUUCACCACGAGGGAGGUGUGGAUGUUGGCGAUGUGGACAUGAAAGCCCAGAGGCUGAUGGUGGCUGUGGACGACAAGCUAACGGAGGACCAAGUCUCGUCACUGCUCCUUGCACAUGUUCCAGAUGAGAAAAAAGGAGUCCUGGCCAAUUUCAUCGUGGGCCUCUUUAACUUGUAUGAAGACUUGUACUUCACCUACCUUGAGAUCAACCCUCUUGUUGUUACCCAAGAUGGUGUCUAUGUCCUUGACAUGGCUGCAAAGAUAGAUGCCACUGCUGAUUACAUCUGCAAAGCCAAGUGGGGUGAUGUGGAGUUCCCCCCUCCAUUUGGCAGAGAGGCCUAUCCUGAGGAGGCAUACAUUGCUGACCUGGAUGCAAAGAGUGGUGCCAGUCUCAAACUGACUCUGCUGAAUCCUCGUGGCAGAAUCUGGACCAUGGUGGCUGGUGGAGGCGCUUCCGUUGUCUACAGUGACACCAUCUGUGACCUAGGUGGCGUUGAUGAGCUGGCCAACUAUGGCGAGUAUUCUGGUGCGCCCAGUGAGCAACAGACCUACGACUACGCCAAAACCAUUCUCUCCCUGAUGACUCGAGAAAAACAUCCUGAUGGGAAGGUUCUAAUCAUUGGGGGAAGUAUUGCCAACUUCACAAAUGUUGCUGCCACGUUCAAGGGCAUUGUCAGGGCCAUUAAAGACUACCAAGGUCCCUUGAAAGAGCAUGAGGUGAACAUCUUUGUUCGACGUGGAGGACCCAAUUACCAGGAAGGGCUCAGAGUAAUGGGUGAAGUUGGAAAGACCACCGGUAUUCCUAUCCAUGUGUUUGGAACAGAGACUCACAUGACUGCCAUAGUUGGUAUGGCCCUCGGUCACCGUCCAAUCCCCAAUCAGCCUCCAAUGGAUGCACAUACUGCAAACUUCCUCUUGAAUUCUAGCAACAGUGCAAUGACCCCAGCUGCCACAAGAACAGCCUCAUUCUCCGAAACCCGACUGGCAAAUGAAGUGUUACCGACCACAAAGGCUAAAGCGGGUUCUUCAGCAGACCCUCUCCAUUCUAAACUGUGGCCUUUGAGGAACGUGGUCACAGGUGAUUUGAAAGUGCAAGCCUCUUCAGGCUGCAGUGGAGCCAAAGCCACGACACUGUUCAGCAAACACACCAAGUCCAUUGUCUGGGGAAUGCAGACGCGUGCUGUGCAAGGGAUGCUGGACUUCGAUUACGUCUGCUCCCGGGAGGAACCCUCAGUUGCUGCCAUGGUCUACCCUUUUACUGGGGAUCACAAGCAGAAAUUCUACUGGGGCCACAAGGAGAUUCUGGUUCCAGUUUACAAAAACAUGGCUGACGCUAUGAAGAAACACCAUGAGGUGGAUGUUCUGAUCAGUUUUGCUUCCCUGCGUUCAGCCUUCGACAGCACGAUCGAGGCCAUGCAUUAUCCUCAGAUUCGUACUAUUGCCAUCAUAGCAGAGGGUAUCCCCGAAGCUCUGACCAGGAGGCUGAUCAAACUGGCUGACGAGAAGGGAGUAACAGUUAUUGGACCUGCAACGGUUGGAGGCAUCAAGCCCGGUUGUUUCAAAAUUGGCAACACAGGAGGCAUGCUGGAUAACAUCCUGGCUUCCAAACUUUACAGACCUGGCAGUGUGGCAUAUGUGUCUCGUUCUGGAGGAAUGUCCAAUGAGCUCAACAACAUCAUAUCCCGCACCACUGAUGGAGUCUACGAGGGUGUGGCCAUCGGGGGUGACAGAUAUCCUGGUUCCACGUUCAUGGAUCAUGUUGUCCGGUACCAAGACACUCCUGGGAUUAAGAUGAUAGUAGUUCUUGGAGAGAUCGGUGGCAUGGAGGAGUACAAGAUCUGUCAGGGCAUCAAGGAUGGCCGACUGACCAAACCAAUUGUGUGCUGGUGCAUUGGGACUUGCGCCACCAUGUUUGCUUCUGAGGUUCAGUUUGGCCACGCUGGAGCAUGUGCAAACCAGGCGUCGGAGACAGCAGUGGCCAAGAACCAGGCACUAAGAGAAGCUGGAGUUUAUGUGCCAAAGAGCUUCGAUGAGCUAGGCGACGUUAUCAAGACAGUUUACGAUGAACUGGUGGCCAAUGGGACCAUCGUCCCUGCACAAGAGGUUCCACCCCCAACUGUUCCCAUGGAUUACUCCUGGGCCAGGGAGUUGGGCCUGAUCCGAAAGCCAGCUUCUUUCAUGACCAGCAUCUGUGAUGAGCGAGGGCAAGAGCUCAUCUAUGCUGGCAUGCCCAUUACAGAGGUUUUUAAGGAGGAGAUGGGUUUAGGGGGGGUUCUGGGACUGCUCUGGUUUCAACGCAGAUUACCACGCUAUGCGUGCCAGUUCAUUGAGAUGUGCCUGAUGGUGACGGCUGACCAUGGGCCUGCUGUCUCUGGUGCUCAUAACACGAUCGUCUGUGCUCGGGCAGGGAAAGACUUGAUCUCCAGCCUGACCUCAGGCCUACUCACCAUUGGAGACCGCUUUGGAGGCGCUCUGGACGCAGCCGCCAAACAGUUCAGUAAAGCCUUCGACAGUGGCAUGCUGCCCAUGGAGUUUGUCAACAAGAUGAAGAAAGAUGGGAAGCUGAUCAUGGGCAUUGGGCACCGUGUCAAAUCAAUCAACAACCCAGACAUGCGGGUGCAGAUCUUAAAGGACUUUGUAAAGCAACAUUUUACUUCCACCCAGCUGUUGGACUAUGCUUUGGAUGUGGAGAAGAUCACCACCUCCAAGAAACCAAACCUGAUCCUCAAUGUUGAUGGUUUUAUUGGUGUUGCCUUUGUGGAUCUUCUCAGAACAUGUGGAGGCUUCACACGUGAUGAAGCUGACGAGUUUGUGGAGAUCGGAGCCUUAAAUGGGAUCUUUGUCCUCGGCCGGAGUAUGGGCUUUAUUGGUCACUAUCUGGACCAGAAACGUCUGAAACAGGGUCUGUACCGUCACCCAUGGGACGACAUCUCCUACGUGCUGCCUGAACACAUGUCCAUGUGAGCAGUAGGAGGUGCUGGAGUUCUCUCCAUGACAAAAGCCUUUAAGAAGAUGGCCGGAAUAUGGGCGCUCCACCCGAAGCGAGGAUGAGUGGGGAACGUGUCUGUUUUUAUCGUCAUUUUUAUGGGGGAUCUGGGUGAGACAUCUAUUUUUAGAUUUAAGGAGGGGUAACUUUUUGGAUAAAACUGGCCCAUCAAGCACUCCACUUGAUAGGCGUUAUAGCACUCUGAGAUAUCCUGGGUUCAUCUGCUUCUUUGAAACUAUUGUCAUCUAUAUUAAUAUUUGUUUUUACACUUUCAAUUGCAACCUUAAUUUAUUAUUUCUGCUUUUGACACUUUGAGACCAGACAAAUUUCUUUCACACAUGUAUUUGCUAUGGCACCUUAGUUUGACAUAGAUGGAUCCAGUCAGGUGGGUCGAGUGUGGAACCAUUGAAACCAAACAGACCAGAAUCAAGCCAAAGUCUUGCUGAAUAAAUGUGAACACAGUCAUGUAUUUAAAAAGAAGCGAAAAGUGAUGCUUACAGGCAGGUCCAAGUGUCACUUCUCUGGUGUACACUGUCAUAAUACUGUUAAUCCUGCUGCUUUCCUGAAGUCAGAAGUGGAUUUGGUGAAAAGCUGAAGCUGAAGCCAUGAAGCUGGUAACAAUAUGAAGGAGUGCUUUAAGAAUGGCCUAGUUUCUGCUGUGUGGGACCUGCUUGACUUUCAUCUAUAUUUUCGCUGUGUUUAACUGUGACACUCAGUCAUAUGUUGUGGGAGAAAAAUAAAACAAUUGUUUCCUU